AUGGCAUCUUCCAUUGAAGGACUUCCGACUCUUUCUGAGAUUGGAAUCACGCCUCCUUCCUCGUCUCUUACAAUCAAGGCUUUCGAGUAUGCAAAGCAACACUGUACAGAGACCGUCUACAAUCACGCUAUCCGUUCGGGAUACUGGGCAACUAUAAUUGCAAAGAAACUUCCUGAAUUCCGCGACAACACCAACCUCAAUUUGGAGAUGGUGUUUAUCAGUUGCAUUCUCCACGAUAUGGGAUGGGCAAAUACCCCAGAACUGUUGUCAAACGACAAACGCUUCGAGGUUGAUGGUGCCAACAUCGCACGAGACUUUCUCUUAAACGAAAAGCGAGACACAAACGACGAGAAUCUGAACGAGGCCACCAUACAGCGUGUCUGGGAUUCUAUCGCUCUUCAUACCACGACCUCCAUCGCUCGGUAUGCCGCACCCGAGGUCGCACUCACUCAUUUGGGUAUCACGGCCGAUUUCUUUGGCCCAAAGCUCCCUGGACCUGACGGAAAGCCUUUGAUAUCCCCCGAGGAGUAUCGUGCCGUCUUGAAGGUGUUCCCUCGCGCUGGGUUCAAUGCAGAGGGGUUCAAGAAAAUUAUGUGUGGACUGUGUCGUACAAAGCCCGCAACCACUUUCGAUAACUUUGUGAGCGCAAUAGGAAGGAAGUAUGGCCUCGAUGGGAAUGGAGAAGGGAAAGAGGAGUUUACCAAGGCAUGGGAGGAGUCACAGAAUCAGCUCAAUGGCUUUUUGGUGCUUGGAUUGGAUGCACUGGAAGAAGAGCAUGACCCAAAGUGA